CUCGCAUUCAGAUCUCGAGUUUCAUUCCUCCUUCAGUCUCCCCCACUGCCCAUUAAUUAAGAUGAAUUAGAUGGUGCGCGUACCACAUUUCAGCUUUCCUGUGUGUUGGCAGUCGUGACACCUUUGUUUAAUGAGUGAGUCAGCGAAGCUCAGGUGUUGCUUAUACGUAUUUUUAGAGACGUGUAGUAAGUUUAACGUUUUGCCUUCUUUCAUCCAUAUCCUCGUUCAUCCUCCCCCAGGCCCUCUUUUAAUAAUGGCACUGGAAUGAGCGUAAGAGACCAUCUGGAUCCAGCCUCUUGGCCGUGACAGGUACCUGUUCAGCUCUACUGUACUUUGAAAACAUCUCUGGAUGGGGAAGGAACAGCAGUGAUGGCAAAUAUUCAUCUAGCUCACGGUUUCCCAAACUUGGGUCUCCAGCUGUUUUGGGACUACAAUUCCCAUCAUCCCUGACCACUGGUCCUGCUGCCAGCUAGGGAUGAUGGGAGUUGUAGUCCAAAACAUCUGGAGACCCAAGUUUGGGGAACCCUAAGCUAGCUCAAUAUUGUUUACAUCAGGUGUGGGGAACCCUUGACCCUCCAGAUGUGGCAGAAAUACAGCUCCCAUCAUUCCUUGGCAUUGGACGUGCUUGCUAGGGUUGAAAGGUGUUGUAGUUCAGCAACAUCUGGAGGGUCAAAGGUUCCCCACACCUGAGUUACACUGACCAGCAGUGAUUCUCCAGGGUUGCAGACUCUCCCUCAGCUCUGCCUGGAGAUGUUGUGGGUUGAACCCAGUACCUUCUGCAUGCGGCUCAGAAGCUUUAACCACUGAGCUUCUGUUUCCUGUAAAGGGAGAAGCGACGCUGUACAAAAUCUCCCCUUCUGUGCCUUACACAAAUCCUUGCGGGCCUGGAACUUGGCCAAACUUUGUUGACACCCACACCACACAUUUAAAGCCCCUCCCCCACCAGGAAUCAUGGGAACUGUAGUUUACACCUCCGGGAGCUACAAUUCCCAGCACCCUUAACAAACUACAGCUUCCAGGAUCCGUUCAGGGAGGGGGAAAGCCAUUUGCUUUAAAUGUAUGCUCUGCAGGUGAGCUUUGUCCAGCAAAUGAAAUGUUCAUAGAGAAAGUGUUUCACUCAUCGAAUUCUAAGAUACCGGAGUGGGCAGGGCAGGUGUUUGGAGUAAGCAUGUAUUGUCCCUCUGUUUUCUGAUCUCCGCAUAUAUGGGUUGAGGGACCUCAGGCCUGAGGUCUGAAUUAGGCCCUCUAGGUCUCUCUCUGGCCCUCGCCAUCCUCCCUGGCCCCCUGCCCAAGCCACACCCAGUCUCCCCAGGCCACACCCCUCACUAGCCCUGCUUCAUACCCUCCUUGAGCACUUAUCACGUUGGAAGGGACCAUAAGGGUCAUCUAGUCCAGCCCCAAUGUGGGGAUCGAACCCACAACCCUGAGAUGAAGAAUCUCAUACUCUACCAGUUGAACUAUUAUGCUUGGCUGGAAUUUUCCCAUUAUAUGAUAAUGCCUCUUGCUUGCCUGGAUGGUACAGAGACUGAUAUUUACGGGGCGGUGGGUGCACAUAUGGAAACCACUGACUAUUCCACAGCUGGAAUGUAGCCAGCUGCACCAAGGUGAAGAUUAUACCUCUGGUCUAUGCCAUUUUUACCUCUGGCCCUAUCGCCGUCAUGCAGCCCCCAGGGCGGAAAGGGGUUCCUCACCUUUGCUGUUAACCGAUUCGAUUUCCAGGGACCACCCCCCAACAAACAAAAUAUAGCUAACUUAACUUUUUAAAAAAACAAAUAUUCAUGAAUAUUUCAUAUCGUUAUACAGUAUUUUCAUUGUGGAAUCAAAAGACACAGCUUUUUCUUAAACAAUCAAUUUAAGAACCAUAUAAAUGGUGUGUGCGUGUUACAUUCUGUUUUUCCCUGCUCCAAGGAAGUCCCACCUCACCUCCCAUUCAAACAAUAUUUGCAAAUAACACCCAAGCCAGUGAGAUUUCCAGCGCAAUUCUAUGGGCAUCUACUCAGAAGUACAGUGGUACCUUGGGUUACAUACGCUUCAGGUUACAUAUGCUUCAGGUUACAGACUCCGCUAACCCAGAAAUAGUGCUUCAGGUUAAGAACUUUGCUGCAGGAUGAGAACAGAAAUUGCACGGUGGCAGCGCAGCAGCAGCGGGAGGCCCCAUUAGCUAAAGUGUUGCUUCAGGUUAAGAACAGUUUCAGGUUAAGAACAGACCUCCGGAACGAAUUAAGUACUUAACCCGAGGUACCACUGUAAGUCCCACUGAGUUCCAUUGGGCUUAUUCCCACCUAAGCAAGUGGACAUUGUAUCCUCUGUUACCUAACCCAAAGGCUUCUCUCCUCAUUCCAGCGCUCCUUUGAAAGGCAGCAAUGCAACAGGUGCAGCUUCAAACAUCCCCCCAGUGAUGCUGAGAUAAAGCUACACCUGUUGCAGUUCUGCCUGGCGAUGCAGCUGUUCCAAGCAGCUCCCUGCCAGGAAACAGAGAGAGAGGCAGAGCAGAAGAAGAAGAAGAAGGAAGCCGAGAGAGAAGACCCAGAUCCUGAGCAGGGAAAAUAAUAAUAAUAAUGUCCGCUUCUUCAUUGGCUCAUUUGUGGACGCUCUGUUUUAAUAACAAACAAAAAGCGAGAAACUCCAGCCCCACCCCUAGUCUCUCUCCACCCCCCCCCACCCCACACAUACAAAAAAAUUGGUUCUGCAAUUUCCUCGUGGCAUUAUGGGAUGAAAUAAGAUGUAGACAGAGAACAGCGAGAGGAGAACGCUACGUCGCUGUGGGCCGAGGCUCUGCGGCAGCCAAUGGAGGCGCAGCGUGGCUGAGCUACUGCAAGGGGAGGGGCGCCUAUUUCAGCCCAGGGGGGGCCAGGGCAGGCAGCCAGAGGAGGCUCGCGGGGGGAAGAGAGCGGAGGGCGCCGGCGCUGCUGCUGCUGCUGCGCUGAGUAAGCGAGCGACGCUCCAACCACCUUCGCCGACAGCAGCAUCGGACGCUUCGCUGGUGCUUUCCCCCUUUUUUCUUUUUGCAAACGGGGCAGGAACGCGCAUUGGAGCCCAGGCGUUGGGAGGCUAUAGAAAGCCUUUGCAGCGUUGCCUUUCGACGUGCCGAGGGGGGAAAGAGCGCGCCCUCGUUUAUUAUUAUUAUUUUUUAAUAUAUAUAUAUAUAAAUAAUCGGAGGCUUUGCCUAACACUGUGAAGGUAAGCGGUUGCAAACGGGUGACUUAUUCAUUCGUUUUAUUUGCUUUUCUUUUCCAUUGCAGAAUUGCAUACGGAUGGGGCGAGUUUGGGGCGGAGGGGUUGAUGGGGGGGCGCGCUCAAAUAGUUGCGCGAGCAGCGAGGGGUUCUGGCCAUUGGAAGUGAUGGGGAUGCUUGAUUUUGGCCGCCCCUCCUUCCUCCCUUCUUAUUUUUCUUUUUUUUCCUGUUUUAGUCCACGCCCCUUAGGCUCCUGCGCCUAGUGCAAUCUCAUGCAUGCCUACUCGGAAGUAAACCCUCUUGAGUGCAGAAAGCCCCAGUGGGACUUUAAUAUUUUUUUUACACAAUUAUUCAAAGGUAAAGGUGCAGAGGAUUGCAACCCAGGCUGCUUCCCCCCCCCAUCCACUCUCCCCCCAAAGCGGGCACAGCUGCUGGGUAUUGAGUGUGCAAUCUACCUUCCUUUGUACCAAACUUGGCAGACGCGGUUUCUGUGGCUUUCAGCUAACUCUGAGCUAUACCCUCCCAAAUAUAUAUAUAUACAUAUAUAUAUAUAUAUAUGUAUGUAUAUAUAUGUAUAUAUAUAUAUAUAUAAAUAUGUGUGUGUGUGUCUGUGCAAACUGUCCAUCCGCUUGGCUUUCUUGCUCACCUCUGCAGUAGUUGUGUGAGUGUUGAUGGGGAUGCAGCUGGUAUUAUAACAUUUCAUUCUGUAAUCAAGCGGCCAGUUCUUUCUCUCUCCCCCCCCCCAUAUAUUGAUUUUAAAAAUCAGAUAAAUUAAAUAUUUAUACUAUACCCCCCCCCCCAAAAAAAACCCAAGGUCAAGCCUGAAAUCAGACUGGAGACUUUUAGGAGUGCUGGUAAAUAAAUAAGAUUCCUAAAGCCUUGCUAGGAAGCCCCUUUGUGACACAGGAGCUGGAUGAAGGAUUGUUUAGCUCCCCAUGGGGGGGGGGAGGGAAACCCCUCUUGCAAAGGACAGGUUCAGGUCUGUGAUGGUUGCCUUUAAGGGUGGGACAAACUUAAAAAGCUGCCUUUGCUCUUCCUAUGAGGGUUGCAGCAGAGCCAAUGGGGUUGUGCUGGUGGUGCCCUUGGCUUCGAGGUCCAGUGACGUCCCUGUCAGGGAUGGAGGGAACCGAGAUGCAUGGAUCCUUCUAGAGUAGGGUCUUGGAAGGCUUUAAGAAAAAAAAGGAGGGGGGAAAAAACAUUGCCGAGGCCUUUUUCUAGCUGGGGAGGCUGUUGCCACCUUUGGAACCUGCAGGUGGAGCUGAACUUGGUCAGGAUCCAAGGAAGAUUGUAUGUGUGGUGUGGCCUCUGGGGCUUACUCUACAAGCCAUCCUCUCCUUGCUUCUCUCCCCAUCCCCCAAAAAAGAGAUUGAGGCUGUAUUAAAGGGAAACUCCCCAUUGCAGCAGCCUCAUAGUAAGGGAGGAUGCUCUCCGGAGGAAAGAGAAUCUCCGCCCCCCAAGUGCCGUUUUAUUUACUAUUGCGUUUUUACACCCCACUUUUUCUGCCAAGGACCUCGGAGUGGCACCCACGGCUCUCUUGCUUCCUUCGCCCUCCCGCCAACCCCGCCAGGCUGCUCAGACUGGCACUCUCCCUGCAAGAGUAAAAGGGACUGGGUUUUAAAUGGCUGAUGUUGUAAACAAGCCUUUUAUGGCAUUUGUGUUUGGCUGGGCAGGUGAUAACGGCACACACACCUUCCCCACCCCCAUGCAUGCGUGAACAUGAGUCAGGACAUUGGUCCAGCAUUGUUGACACUGCCUGGCAGUGGAUCUCUAGGGAUUCAGGCAGAGAUCCUUUCCUGGCCCUGCCCAGAGAUGCUGGGGAUCAAACCUGCAUGCUCUAUUUUUGAGCUACAUCCCUUCUGCAACCCAGGCUUGUGGUCCUCAAAUUACUGUCCUCCUUGUGGCUUGGCUGUUGGGGGAUCGGAGCAAAACUCCCAUCACUGAGACAUGAGGAUGGUGUAUAUUGCAAGGAUUCUGGGGGACGCGCCCUGGGAUAAUGUGCGUGCCCACUAUGAGCAUAGCCAGGAUUUUUGUUGGGGGGCGGGCAGGACAUUUGUUUGGGGGGGGCGCAGAACUGAUGUGAUUGAUCAAUUAAGUAUUUCAAUUGUUUUGCUUGAUCCGAGAGUGGCAGCUGCCCCCCUGGCUAUGCCCAUGCUGCCCACCCCAUUGCAUUCUCCUCCAUUGCAGGGGGGGGGGUCCUGGCCAAGGAGAAGACAGCUUCCUUUAUGAUAGGGCUUUUGAAUGAAUCCCAGGGUCCCUUCUCUCCCCCCCCCCCAGCCCAUGCCACUCAAAUUAUUGAAUUGUCCUCACUGUUCUAGAAGUGAUGACCAUAGUAAGGGCAGAGGGGCAGAUGGUGCACAGGGACUCCCUUCGUUCUGAGUCGGUCUGUCUAGCUCAGGCACCCCCAAACUCGGCCCGCCAGAUGUUUUGGGACUACAGCUCCCAUCAUCCCUAGCUAACAGGACCAGUGGUCAGGGAUGAUGGGAAUUGUAGUCCCAAACCAUUGGUAGGGCCAAGUUUGGGGGUGCCUGGUCUAGCUCACUGCUGCCUGCACUGACUGGCCGAUGUCUCUCCCAGCUCUACCCUAGCAUUGAACAUGGGACCUUCUGCAUUCACGGCAGAUACACUAACCACUGAGCCACGGCCCUUUUCCCCGGUGCUGUUGCAAGGGGCCUGCAUGCAUGUAUCCAAUGUAAGAUCCUUUGGGGGUUCUCCCCCGCACCCCCCAUAUUCAUGCUGUAAAUAUUUUACGGAGAGACUGGCUUGCCCUAUUAGAAGGAACUACAUAAAUGCCUUCCCUGGUUUUUGUGUUGUUGUUUUUUAAGUUCAUCUUAGCCGAGAUGGGUACUGAUAAGCUUGGUGUUGAGUUCAAGUGGAACUAAUACGCUGCUGGAAGACGGGUGACCCCAGAACACGUCUGGCUGGCGGGAGGAUUUGGCCCUUCAACCUUUUUCUGGCAACAUCCCUGGCUUUGCAGCAAGUCUUCCCCUGAGGACGGUGCUUUGAAUUUCUUACAGGCCGGACUUUUAGAGGAGAGGGCGUAGCGACAGCAUUGCCAUGCGCAGGUCCCAGGUGCAGUAGUGGGCUAUAUUAAGACUGUGUUGUUUGAUUCAGUAUAUAACGCAGCUUCCUCAAUGGAAGAAAAUAAAAACGAAUUAACUUGCAGGGGGAAAGUGUGCUCUUCGGGACCCCAGUGGAGGCGGGGGGCCUAAUUCUCUUUGCUUCCCUCGGUGUCCCUCGAUCUUUCAAAAUCGGGUUGGUUUUCAUUUGGGCUUCUGUUUCCAAAAGCAUGGUGGGACACCAUCGCCCUCACCGUGGAUGCUGUUCCUAAACUUCCAGGGUGCUUUUGUACUCAUUGGUGUGCUUUCCGCUCCUCCUGCAGGGAAGGCCUCUCUUUCCCUCACCUGUGAAAUGGGAGCAAGUGGAAGUUGAAGAACGUGGCUGCUGGGUUGAAUCCAUUUCCUGCAUCUGCCAAGAGGCCUUGCAGGCUAGCAAUGACAGGCUGGCUCUUCUUCUGUCUAGGACAGGUGAGGGGAACCUGUGGUCCCGCAGAUGUUGCUCACAUUGGCCAGGCUUGCUGGGGCUGAUGGGAGUUGUAGUUCAACAACAUCUGUAGGGCCACUGGUUCCUGGCACCUGGUUUAGGACUGUAGCAAACCCCAUAUCCUUUCAAAGUUUUUUUGUGUGUGCAAAGUGGGAGUCUUCCUCUUGUUACAGUUCCAGUAAAUGUAGCAGCUCUUUGAUGGUAAAUGCAAUAAUGUUGUUUUUCAGGCAGAGAGGGAUGCACAGGGUCGUCUUCGAAUUGGGGGGCGGGGGGGGACUACAAAGGUUUGGAUAAUUGUAACCUUGGCCAUGGCUAUUAUGUAACGGAUUCUGGGUUCCUUCCUCGCUCUUGGAUAGCGAUCUUUUAACGGCUGCAACAAAGCUAUUCCUUCUGUCCCUUUUGAGGUCUUGCCAAGAGACGGGAAUCACUCUCAGCAUGCAGUCUCAGUGCUUCCAGACGGAAAAACUCUUCCUCUUUUUUUUUAAAGUAAUUGUUCAUUUGUGGCAGUUAUACCCCAGACUUAAUGCACACACACAAAAAAGGCUUUAUGGAGCAGCUUGCAGAAAUCUGUAUUAAGACAGCUCCUGCCCUCAGGCUUACAACAGAAAAGUCAUGACACACGAGGAAAAAGAAUGGGGAGGGAGGAGGGGAAAGCAAGCUCAAGCACAUGUUCUUACGUCGCCGUUAGUAGUGGUUGGCCUAUAAGGAAGCUGGCUUGCUUGCCUUAGCUGCCAGUGGGUGGUGCAACGUGUAAGAAGCUGAAUAAGCUUCUGUUGAAGAUUUUCCCAGUAGCUCUUUCAUAGAAGGACUGUGUAUGUGUGCAGGGGUGGGGUGGGGUCAGUUAAUCAGCUUGCUGUUCACACCCUUUGUUUCUUGAGUAUCUCCUUGCUGACUGAUUACCCCAGACACAUCUCCGCUACCAGUGCAGGGAGCUGCUUUAUACCAGGUUAAGGCCAGUCGUCCAUUGACCUCAGUGUUGUCUGCUCUGGCUGGCAGCAGCUACCCGAUCCUCCUCCUAAUGGGAGAUGUCGUGGAUUAAAUCUGGGCCCAGGUGUGCACCCAGCUCUGGAUGCUCUUCUGCUGAGCUGGGCCCCCUUCCCAAAUCUUUGAAUGUGAUAGUUAACAGCUCUUUUGAGAACAAAGAGUGGGGAACUUUAUUACCCUUUUGUAGGACCUUCCGGGGGCCACAUGGCAGUGGUGGGCAGGGCUGGAGGAAAAAGUGGGUGGGGCCAAGCAUAUAAAUGAUGACUUUGUAGUUUGUACAUCAGGGCUGGUUUCUACACACACACACACACACACACACACACACACACACACCUGUUCUCCAUCCAUGCAAGCAAGAGGCAGCAUCAGAGUUCCAGGGCACAUUCCAGGCUGCUGUUCCUCACUCCUGUUCAAGAUAUUCCUGCAAACUGUGGUUCUGGGAAGGCUCAGGGCUUCUUGUUAACACCACCCUCCCUGUCUUCCACUCUGCAACCAUCCUGGCAUUUCUCCUUAACACUGUAGGGGUCUGGGGAAUGCUUACGAUUCUGGGUGGAUAAGGUUUGGUAUUUGCAAAGUCAGUUUAACUCCUCCUGCAGGCAGGGGAAUCUGGAUUGGUGUCCUCUGAGUAAACUCUGGCCGUGGAUUAGAGAAUCCCAGGAACUGUCCUCCUGCGAUGGUUGCUGGGGAAUCUCCUGAUUGCGAUGAGCUUCCACCAGAGUGAAAGCUCUUCCAGAAACCUGCUUUUGAAGAGCAGCAAAAAGACCCUGCUAGUCAGUGUCCUGUUCUUGCAGUGACCAAUGGGAAGCCCAUAAGCAGGGUCCCCCCCAAUCCCCCUAUACCUGGUAUCCACACGCCUCUGACAGUAGAGCUAGAACUUACCUAUGGCUACCAGCCAAAACGGCUAUCUAUUUGCUUAUGCUAAGUGGAACUAGUUGCCUGUGACCAAGGCACAGAGGCUAUUGAAACUUGCACAUGUUGUGUGACACAAAUUAACAGGCUGUGGAUUGGCAGUCGGGCAGCGUGUCAGUCAUGUGGACUAGUAACUUAGUUUUAAAAGUCUGGCUUUACUGUCACGGCUUCUACUCUCUGUCCUGGGAAUUAACCAUGAAUUAACUGUUGGGCAGUUUCUAAUGUUCCUAAAAGAUGUCAGUUGGGAAGGGGUGUGAGUGAUGUGAUUGAGCAGCCUUUAAAAAACAACCACAACCGCAGCCCUGGUUAUUAUAUUGGUCAUAUGGAAGUGCCCACAGAGACCGACCUCACUUCUUCCUUGCAGCGUUUGCAUCUGUGGCUCAACCCUUUUGUGGCUCUGCAUUGUUUGUGGUUAAGGCAGCUGAGUAGAGAGACUCUCCACCCACCCCAGUGAAAGUCUGUGGGUGAUUGGCUAUGUCAACUCCCAUUUAUGAAGCUCAUGUAUGGCCAAGUUAUUUCAGUGGGUGGUGGCUGCAUGCAUUAGUGUGGGCAUUGAAAGCUUUGGGAACUGCAGCUCUUGUUGGUAGAGGCUUGCAAGAAAAUGCUGACCUUCAGCCUUUGAAUGUUGGCUAGGGAGGGUUAAGGGUCCUGUUUAUUCUGUGCCAGUGUGGGGUGUGGUCUACAAUGGGUGGGGAACCUUUUGGCUCCCUGGGCCAGAUUCUUUUGGGAUCAGCCUUGCAGGCCAAGUUUGACAGGCGGGCAGAGUUGCCAGCCUGCCAAUUACCUGGCGUCAGGUGCAAAGUUCUUUGAAGCUGGGGUUUCAAAGCACCUUGCAAGGAGCUGCUAGAACCAGAGGUCCCUUCAUUUUAGCAGGGGGUUCCAUGCAAACUCCUUGAACCGGGAUAGUUUGCAUGGAAUCCUGAAGAACUGAGCAGGAUUUAACUCCCUGGGCAUCUGCUGGUGAGCAGGAAGUUAAAUCCUGUUUGCUUUGUCUGCCCGUGCCUGUUCCCUGCUGAGAACCAGCGGUGGGCAGCCAAUGCAGGAUUUAACUCAUGACAUGGGUGGGCAGUUGUGGCCUUGAGGAGCUUACAAAGGAGCUUCCAUAAGAGAUGGAAAUGGAGGUGAGAGCCAAAAAUGGAAAAGUCUAUAUUCAUUUCAGUUACAUGUACUCAUAGCUCAGUGAUAGUGGAGUAAUGGAGGAGGGGGCUUUUGAUAUGCGAGAGAGAGAUGAAGGGAAGAGAUGGCAUUUUUCUGAUUUGUUGUCUUCAGAACAGUACCAAGCAGAGUUCAAGGUGCUCUAUAUGCACACAGCCCUAUAGCCUUCGGAUCAGGAUGCCUUAAAAACUGUCUCACUCCUUCUAUACUCAGCUGAUCACUGUGCUCUGAAGGAGAGAGUGUCUCUUGCAGAGACCGUUUGAACAGAAGGUCUGUUCUGCACAGAGCAGGAAUUGGACCUUUAGGGUGGAUUCCGCUACCCUUUGGGAUUCCAUCUUGUUGUGUAGCAGACGGGCGCCAUCUCUGUUGUUAUCUUUGGUGCCUGCUGGUCCCUCUUUCUCUUUCAAAGAACCUUCCAAGUGGAAAUUUUUGUCCCAGUUACAUGUUUUGGAUAUAUAAAUGGUGUUCACACAUUCAGUUUUAACUGUAUGCUGGUAGGUAAGAAAGGGGUUGAAUCUGCCUGCUUGAGGGAGGCCAGGAUGGGGAAUCUGAGGCCCUCUCAAUAAUCCCCAACCAGUAUGACCAGAAUUGGUCAGGGAGGGUGGGAACUGGCAACAUAUGGUAGUCCCACCCUCAGAGGUUAGAUCCUUCACCAGGUUCUCCAAACUCGCACUCUCAAGGAGUUGUAUGUGGUUCUCCCCCUCUACAUUUUAUCCUUUCAACAACCUUGGAGGUGGUUUAGGCUGAUGGCCCAAGGUCACCCAGUGAGUUGCUUGACUGAGUGAGGAUUUGAACUUCCUGGUCUCCCAGGUUCUGUUUGAACACUCUUUAACCACUGCACCAUACUGCCUGUCAUCCCUGGCUAUCUGCCAUCCUGGCUGGUGGGAGUUGGGGAGUCCCAGUGACAUCUAGAGGACAUCAGGUUGGGGAACUCUUUCUAUUUUUAUAAAAGAGGCCCAGUGUAGCAGUACAAAUCUGCAUUAAAACGUCAAGGAUUUCAGCCGUGGUGUCCGGUUCAAAAAAGAUGCAGAACAGAGGCUUGCUGAACCGUUGCAUCUGAGGCUGCCAGUGGACUGUUGUCUUCUGGUUUUCCUUUUCCCCCUACCCGGUAAAGCCAGGUCUUGAUUGCACUAAAGUCCGGUCUGUGCUAUACAUUUAAAGCAGUAUCAUACCACUUUAAACAGUUGCAGCUUCCCCCAAAGAAUCCUGGGAACUGUUGCUUUAAGGGUCCCGGGUGUUGUGAAGAGUCUCCCUCACAGAGUUGCAGUUCCCAGUCAUUCUUCCCAAGGGAUUCUGGGAAUUCUAGCUCUGGGAAUAGGGAUUUUUUGGGGGGGGGGGAGCCACAACUGUUUAAGGUGGUAGGAUACUGUUUUAAAUGUACAGUCCCAUUGGGAUCUAGCUCUCUAGAAGUGUCUGAUAGAAGGGAACAGCUUAUUCACCCCCUCUGGGCAUGUUUCGGACAUGCUAGCCCUUCCUUGCCACCUGAAACAGCUUUACAACUUGACGUCUGCUGACCGGGUGCACUGGGCCCGAUUCUGAGGCCCUAUUCAAAAGCAUCUUAGGCCCACAGGAAUCAGCCUUAAUAGUGAGUCAUAGCAUUGGUCCUGUCUUGUUCACUAUUGUCUAAAAACCAGGCAUCCCCAAACUCAGCCCUCCAGAUGGUUUGGGACUACAAUUCCCAUCAUCCCUGACCACUGGUCCUGUUAGCUAGGGAUGAUGGGAGUUGUAGUCCCAAAACAUUUGGAGGGGGAUGCCUGAUCUAAACUGACUGGCAGCAACUCUCCAGGGUUUGGGGCAGGAAAGCUUUCCAAGUCCCACCUGGAGAGGCCAGGGAUUGGACCUGAGACCUUCUGCAUGAAAAGCAGAUGCUCUGCCAAUGAGCUGAGGCCCCUUUCUCUUGGCCUGAAAUCUUGCUGGUCUGGCAGUUACAGAGCAUGUGGGUUCAACAUAAGGUGGUACAGGUCUGACUCCGUUGUUGUAGGUUUGCUGGCUAGGUAGAAAUAGCAGUUUUGCAAGCAACAGCCUGACUUAAUCAGAUCAGGAGGGCCUGCAGCCCUCUAGAUACUGCUGGACUACAACUCUGGCCAUCCCUGACCACUGGCCAUGCUAGUUGGGGCUGAUGGGAGUUGUAGUCUUAGCAACACCGGGUACUCUAUCCAUGCUAUAGAGUGAACAAUAGAGGAUUUCUCCAAGAACUCUAGCAUCUACCAGUGGCAGUGGAAGUGAGAGCUGUGGAGGUGUGUUUGCAGUGUUCAGUCCUUGCGUUGAGAGUGCAUUUGCAUGGAAGCCUGGUGCUGAUAGAUCAGGCCUGCACGAAAUGCGACACACCAAACUGCCCCCUUCCCCAGUCACAAAGGGAGGACCCCUUGCUUAAAAACUCUCAUUUUUCCCAAUCAGGUUGGACUGAAAUAGAUGGAGGGAGGGUGCCAGAAUAAACAGCUGCUGGUCAAGCAAACAAAACAUCCCACUGCUUCUACCAUGCAGGGUGUGCUUUUCUUGUGGACUAGCCCCAUGUCUGAACCUCUUUUGAAAGCUGGUAGAGAAGCAGCCGUGGCGGCUCAUCCGUUGGAUUGGACACAGCACAGCUUCAGUCUGCCCCUCAACCCAGCCCUGCCUCCUUGCAAGCUGCCAUUCCAAGGGGUGGCGCCGUGGCAGAUCCGUGGUGGUCUGCAGAGUGACUUGACCCUCCUCUCUGGCUUCCUCCCGGCAGGUCCAUCAUGUCUGACAGAAAGGCAGUGAUCAAGAAUGCGGACAUGUCCGAGGACAUGCAGCAAGAUGCUGUCGACUGCGCCACUCAGGCCAUGGAGAAGUACAACAUAGAAAAGGACAUAGCGGCAUACAUCAAAAAGGUAUUGUGGCGCCUGCACUUGGGAGAGAGGAAAAAGAGCCUUGAUUUAAGGUUUAGGGUGCUGGUUUUAACGGCCUAGGACCCUCAGAGGAACUUAUGGUCUUCAAACAAAAACACCUUGGAGGUCCUGGGUCACAGAGAGGUUAGGCUGGCCUCAACUAGAGCCAGGGUUUUCUCGGCUGUGGCUCCAAUCUGGUGGAAUGCUCUGUCACAAGAGAAUAGGGCCCUGCGGGACUUGACAUCUUUCUGCAGGGCCUGCAAGACAGAGCUGUUCCACCAGGCCUUUGGCCAGGGCACAGCCUGACUCCCUCCUUUGGCAAUCUUCACGGAACUCUAGCCCAAUGGUUGCCAUCAAUUUGAUUUGAAUUAAUUUUAUAAUGAAAUGAUUUUAGAAUGUUGUAUUAUUUUAUUUUUAGCCGCUCUGAGCCCGGCUUCGGCUGGGGAGGGCGGGAUAUAAAUAAAAAAUUAUUUAUUAUUGAUUGGGUCAUCUCAGGGUUUCAUCAGUUGCAUUCUGCCAUGGCAAGACAGAAUCUCUGAGGAAGUGACUGGGGCAUGUGGUCCCCCGCCCCAUUCCUGUUCUUCUUAGCCAGCCCCUUUCUUGGCAGCUGGCAAGUUCUGAACCAGUGCAAUGUAGGUUCGGAUCCCCACUUGGUCUUGAAGCUUACUGGGUCAGUUACUGCCUCUCUCAACCGAACCUCCAUCAAUUGGCUGUUGUGGGGAUUGAAUGAGGAGGGAUAGAAACGCCUGCCACCUUGAGCUCUUUGGAGCAAAGGUAGGAUUCAAAUGCAGUAGAAUAAUAAAUACGGUGGUACUUUGGUUUACGAACUUAAUCCAUUCCGGAAGUCUGUUCUUAAACCGAAACCGUUCUUAAACUGAGGUGCGCUUUCCCUAACGAGGCCUCCCUCCACCAGUGCCCUUCUACCAUUCAGAUUCUGUUCUUAGACUGAGGUAAAGUUCGCAAACAAGGACACUACUUCCGGUUUUGCGGCGUCUGUAAACCAAAUAGUUCGUAAACAGGGCUGUUCUUAAACCAAGGUACCACUGUAAAAAUAAAUCAUACUGUUUUUUAAUUUAUACCCUGCCCAUCUGGCUGGGUUGCCCCAGCCACUCUGGGCAGCUUCCAACACAUAUAAAAAUAAUAAAACAUCAAACAUUAAUAGUAACAAUCUGAUCCAGUAAGAAUAAGACAAAACAUAGUGUGUACUUAGAGCUUAUUGUGUGUUACCAACUGUUACCCUGUGUGUUUUAGAAGGAAUUGAAUUGAUAAAGCAUGACUGUCGGCUGCUAUCCUUGAUGGAUUUGUAUAAUCCCAUUUUUAUUUGCCUCCAAAUUAUUUAUUAUUACAAUUACUUAAUUAAUUAAAUUUGUAGAUUGCCCUUUACCUGUAGAUCUCAGGGCGGUUCACAACAUAAAAUUGCAAUAUAAAAAACACACUGUGUGUACAUAAUAACAGUGUACAUAAUAAAAGCAGUGUAUAUAAUAAAAAUAAGAAUGGAAACAAACCACAAUCACACCCCCCCCUUAUUUCUUGGCUAUUUCCCUGCUGGGAAACAAUGUCCAAAACAUCUCAGAAUCAUAGAAUUGUAGAGUUUGAAGGGACCACGAGGGUCAUCUGAUUCAACCCCCUGCAAUGCAGGAAACCUUUGCCCAAUGUGGGGCUCAAACCCAUGACCCGGAGAUUAAGAGCUUGCAAGACCUCUUUAAAAUAAAGCCCUUGACUGGGUACGUGUGCUAAUGGACUCCAUGUGGCUGGCUUGGCUGUCUGCCUGUCACAGAACAGCCAGGCAAGGGUGUGGCAAAAGUCAAGGCUGCCUUUUUAUUUCAGCGUACAGUAUUAAUAUUAUAUCUGGCUUAAUAUGCAGAAUCAGUCAGCAAUUCACAUAAAACACCAGUAAGUUUAUCUCCCCGCCCCACCACUAGCCAGAAAUACACAGAAACCAAUGAAAACAAAAUCCAUGAAUAAGAAAAUACAGUAAAAUGGUAAAUAAUAAAACACUGCAAUGUCUCCCGUGAGCAGGGGGAAACCUGCCUUUAAAAAUAGGCAUUCAGGAGGCCUGUGACACUUUACACUGCUUCUGCCUUGAUAAAAAUGUUCUGUUCUAGAUAGUAUCUCUCUCCACUGUCAGAGGAAGGAGGCCUCUGAAUGCCAGUUUUUUGGAAGAGUUACUGCUACCCUCUGCACUCAAUAUUCCUGCAUCGCAGGGGGUUGAAUUAGAUGACCCUUGCAGUCCCUUCUAACGCUACAAUUCCAUGAAAUUUAUAACCAAAAGGCUUUGUUCAUCGCAUUUAUAUCCCACUUAUUUCUCCAAGGAACUCAAGGUGGCGUACGUGGAUUUCACCUUCCUCAUAUAAUCCCCACAACAGCCCUGUGGGGCAGGUUAGGCUGAGUGUCUGUGACCGGCCCAAGGUCACCCAAUGAGCUUCAUGGCUGAGUGGGGAUUUGAACCCUGCUCUCCAAGGUCCUGCCCCCAUGGCUUUCGGUCCUGAUUGGAAGCGACCUUAUACUGACCCAUUCGGCUACCUAACUCAGUACUGUCUACACUGACUGGCAGUGGGGUUUUGUACAGGGAGUCUACCCCAACCCUACCUGGGGAUUGAACCUGCGACCUUCUGUGGCUGGUGCUAUAUAUUUGGAAGAUACUGACUGACAAAGCCACGCGCCGCUUGGGGAUGAGUUGCCUAACUGUGUUCUGCACAACACUGCAAAGCAUUAUGGGAGGCACCUCUUCGACGUAGCUGUUAGGGCUAUCAAUAUGUCUCAAGCUGGUCUCCGGGUGGGUUGGACUCCAGAACUAUAUUGAUCUACUGCAGAAACUACCAUCUUAUCCCCUAAGCUAAAGGAAACAAUUCAGGGGUUGCCCAGGAGCAGGUGUGUGUGAGGAUCGGCCUAGCGCAAGGGUUUGGCCAAGGCAGGCUCUGGCUGAGGGCCUCUGGACUCCGAAAGUCCCUUCCUGAUUCCUGUAUCAGAUGUUCAGAUUGUAAUCUCCUUGGGGCACAGAUCUGCCUCCUUUUGAUGCUGUUGCAUUUCAAUAACUUCCUCUCUCUUCUCUCUCUCCCCCCUUCUCUCUCCGUCUCCCCUCUCCCCCUCCCCAUUCAGGAAUUUGACAAGAAAUACAACCCCACUUGGCAUUGCAUCGUGGGCAGGAAUUUCGGCAGCUACGUAACGCACGAGACGAAGCAUUUCAUUUAUUUCUAUUUGGGCCAGGUUGCAAUUCUCCUCUUCAAGUCGGGCUAGGAGGCAGGCAGACGGCAGUGGAGGGGGGGGCGCGAUGACGGCGGGCGAGGAACAUGGACUGUAGUGCACUGAAGGCGGGGGCCCAGGAACCCUUCAACCAUGGUUGCGCCGCUGCAUGGACUGUAAACUAUAUUUAAUGUGUAUAUGUUGCAGUAAAAACACCACCUAAAAUUCUGUUCGUUUUGUUUUUGUUUUUGGUUGCCUGGGAGAAGUAAGGCAGCAGCAUCUUUUUCAUGUUUCUUGUUUUCGGUUUCUGCUCUUUUUCUUUUUCUUUUUAAUUUUCUUUUGCACUAGGAGAAAAAAUAAAAAUUAAAAAUGCUUCAACAAAUGGCCUUUAAGCGGGAAGGAGAAAUGAAAUAAAAAGAGAAUCUCUAAAAUUCCAUUAAAGAAAUCCUUUGGUUUUUAAAUUCCUUUUGAAAGGUUCAGAAGCUGGCUGUAAGCAGACCUCAAGAAAGGUGGCAAUUAAGGGUCAGAAUCUGGCUUGAAAUGAGGUACUCAAUGUUUUGUUUUGUUUUGUUUCUUAAAAAAAAAAAAAUCCAGCCAGCUUUUCUGUCCCCAAAGAGUGCAUUGUUCUCCUUUUUAAGUUGCCUUGGCUGUAAAAGGGAAAAAAGGUGGUCUUCUUUGUUUCUUCUUGAUCCAAAACCGUCUCUCUAACAUGCCUAAUAUUUGACAGUAAAAAUGGGUGACAGCUAGUAUUUAGCUGUAAAAUGGAAUUUUAAGUGCCGUAUUUCUGAAGUGAGUUGUCCUGGUCCGAAAUACAUUAUUGCACCCCCACCCCCAGAAAGCCAUUUCAAAGGGAGCUGCCUCAUAUUUUUGUGCUGGAGUAUUGGCUGGGCAUGUGGCCCAGCCAUGUGUCUUCAUGAUGCAAGAAAACUGUGACCAGGCCUCUCCUCAUCCCAGUUUGAGUCAGCCUUGCCUUAUUUGCCACCUCGCUUCCAGUCACUUGUUUGUGUGGGAAGAUCCUGUUCCAAAUCGGUGGCUCCGUGUUGGCUGUGCUUGUAGUCUGCCUCUGCUUUUACUUGGAGAUACUCAAUCUCCACAUAACUCCCAACAUGGUGGCUGAUGUACAGAAGCCCUUUCCCGAUCGUUUUGUGUCUCCCUCACCCCACCUUCUCAACAGUUAGCUGCAUUUUGAGAAGCAGAUUGUAUUAUUUCAGUUCUAUAGCAAAGGUGUCCAAUUGCUCCAGGGGUCCUUCUCUGUUUUUCUUUUGCAAGAUCAUUCCUUGGAAGUGCUUUAGCCGAAACAUCUAGUUGCUUUUUGCAGUUAAGAAGUCUACAAAUUAGGUGGGGAAGGAACCACUCCGACCUCCCCACUCCUCAAAAAUCACCUAAGGAGUUGGAACUCCAGAGCUUAGAUCAUAAGGAGAUGGGGAUUCAUCUGUGCUUGUAUAACCUGGGAUUUGGCGGGAAGGAAAGCAUGUCAAUAACUUUUUCUCCCUUUUGGCUGUGAAAAAAUAAACAAGGGUGACCCAGACUGUCUCUGAAAAACA